AACGGGGGUCCCUGGGGUCCCUGGGCCUGGCAGGAGAUGUGCCCGCAAGGGACCUAUGCCACAGGAUUCAGCCUCAAGGUGGAGCCUUAUCAGGGGCAGGCGAAAGACGACACGGCCCUGAACGGCCUCCGGCUGCAUUGCACGCGGGGCAGCCACGGUGGGAGGGCCAAGGCCACAACGGUGGAGUCCCAGAGCAACGUGUGGGGCCACUGGACUGACCCCCUCUGGUGCUCCCCGGGCAGCUACCUGACGGGCUUCUCUCUGCGGGUGGAGGGUGUCCGGCGUGGCAUCACCGACUACAUGGGUGCCACCAACAUCCGCUUCGCCUGCUCAGACAAGAAGGUCCUGGAGGGGCCAGGGCUGCCUUGGGGGGAGUACGGAGCCUGGAGCCCCUCCUGCCUGAGGGGCCUGUGCGGGAUCCAGACCAAGCAGGAGGCCCUCCGGGGUGUCCUGGUGGAUGACUCCGCCCUCAACGACCUCCGCUUCCUCUGCUGCACCCAGUGA